AAGUUUAAAGAAAUUGAAUGUAAACUUAACAAAACAUGUUCUAGAUGUUUGAUCGCUAAAGCUAAAAAGAGAGCUGUUAAAAGUGAUAGUAUUAAUGUUGAAGAUACACCUAUGGAAAAAAUUUCUUUUAAAGAAAUUAGCGAUUAUAUAACUGAUAGCUUAGAGUAUAAUAAUGAACUUAAUAUUAAUUUUCAUGUUAUGCUCAAAGAAGAAAUACAUAAUAUUGAUGGCAUGAACGUUAAACUAAUGGCUAAAUUAAUUGUCAACGAAAUCAAAGAAGCAGAUGGCUAUUAUUGGAUGUAA